GGUCGAGAAAUGGAAAUUUUUCGAAAAAAAACUUUUUUAGGUCCUUGUGCUUUUACCUCUCUUCGCGCAAGUGUGGUAGAAAGAAUAGUAUCAUUGACGAAAAUCAUUCUCAUUCAAAAAAAUUUUUUUAAGAAUAAAAAUGCUUUUCUCUCUGGAACCGGUUACCCCUCUCCUUCUAUUUUUACCUUUCUUCUUUUUAUUUUCUUUGUACUCCCCCCCCCCUGCCCCUUCUAUUUUCUUUCUUCCCCCAUCCCUCUUCUUCCCCACAAAUAGCCAAUUAAAAAAAUUUUUUUUCCUUCUAAAACAGUAUAUAGCUCCCCCUUUGAAUGAGUAAAUUUGAGAGUAAAAGAAGCUCUUCUAAACAACUAAAAAUUCUUUCAGUGCCUAAAGGCUCAUCAAAACUUUUUCUUUUAUUUUCUCUUUGUUUUGUGUUGUUGG